AGCUACUCGACUCGGAGCACGCGCAAUGAGUAUAUGGGUAUCUAAACUACGAUUCCCGCAGAGUUCAAAAUCGACGGACUGGAAUUCGCCGAGAAAAAAUAUCAUCGUCGUUGGUGGGGCAGAGUGAACAAGAGUAGUAUAUUCAGUUGUGAGUCGUCAUCGCGAAGUGACUUGUAAUCGUCAAGAGCUGUGCGUUGGCUGGAUGCGGUGGGUGUUUCCGCCGUGUUUAGUGUUUACCCGCCGCUAGCCCAUCGUCAGCAGUCGAAGUCAGCUCUCUCAAGCUACCGACUAUAAACGCCGACGCAGCGGCGAGCAAGCUUGUGAGUGUACGAAAGAGAGGGCAAACGACAGAGAAAGAGACGGAGGUAUAACCAGAUAGAUAGAUCGCCGACGGCGCCGUGCCCUCUGUUUCUGUGUGUACCGCAGAUGAAAAGAGCUGAAGAUAACUCGGUGCUGGCAAAGAUGGCAGAUAAGCGCUUCGCAGCCAACGAAUUAAGGUUAUGUAAAAUGUAGAUACCAGCAGGAGCACAGCAGCGCACAGUCAGAGUGAUCGGGCAGCAAGCAAGUAAAGCAAAGCGAACCAGCAGCUGCAGCCCGGAAUCGUGCUAGUGCGAACAAUCAUUAUCUUUAUAAAUAGUCGAUUGCUCGAAGGGCCAGAGUGUGCUGUGGAUCGCAGUGCGCGUGCGGCAGAAGUACGCGACGGUACGGUACGGUGAGAGCGAACGACGACAACGGCGAGCGUGAGCAAGAGAGAGAGAGAGAGAGCGAGCGAGCGAGCGAGCGAGCGCGCGCGAGAGAGAAAGAGAGAGAGAGAACGCGAACGGAGCCGCGUUGGCUGUUCGAUGGACAAUAGUGCGAGACAGUGCUCGGGGCCGUGGCUGAUGGUGUGGUUCUAAACGCGCAGUCCAACUCACAGUGCUCUCUAUUCGAGUCAAGCGCAAGCAGCGUAGGAAAAUAAUGCACGCUACUCUCUUGGAAUGGAGGAAGGUGGCCGUCACCGGCGGUGACGUCUCGUCGACGUUUGAGAGUCGUCCCUCGCGCCUCGUUUGUUGAGAAAUCGCGACGAGACGACGAGAGGUAGCCGCUCCGCAGCAGAGCAGCAGCAGCAGCCUGCACCACACACACCAGAAAGCUGUGUGAGUGAGUGCUAGAAGAGCGAGCGCGAGUGAGUGAGUGCGAGAGUUGAGGUUCGAAGCGAAGAAGCCUCGCUCGCUCGUCGCGCGCGCCCGCGUUUCAUAGAUGAGCAGCCGUAGCAGCAAAAGAUGCUGAUCUGAAUUGUCGCGAGGACGCCCGGCCGAAUAAUAGCGCGUCCCCAGCGGGCAACUUUAGCAACAGCAGCGGCGGCCCGAGCAUGACCAGCUCGUCGCCGCAGCCGUCGCCGAUGCCACCACCACAGGCGCCCAAUCAGAUGGGCCCGCCCCAGCAGCAGGCGCCCUCGCCUUCUAACCAUCCUCAUAGCCCUGCGCCCGGCUACCAGGAGGUCUCCGGUCCGCCGCCGCAGCAGCAGCCCAUGUCACAACAGACCCCGCCGCCGCUUAUGUUUCCACCACAACAUCCUGGGCAACCACCACAACAAGGCUAUGGUGGUCCACCACCACCUCAUCAGCAGCCUCAGCAAAAUUAUCCCCAUCCCCAGCAAAUGCCUCCAAACAUGGGGAUGCCACCACCACAUCAUCCACAUAGCCCAUCACCAGGCUAUGAAAAUGUCCAGUCUUCUCAAAUGCAAGGAGUGCCUCAGCAACAAGGCAGUUAUCAGCAGCACCCUUCGCAUCAAGUUCCUCCUCAUCAGCAGCAGUCGCCACACCAACAACCGCCACUUUCGCAAUCGCCACAUCCACAAGGACAUCAUCCACAAGGACCUCACCAGCAGGCAGGACCACCACACCCACAAGGUCCACAUCAGCAGCCUCCACAUCCACAAGGUCCUCACCCUCAGUCGUCACAUCAACAAGGACCGCAUUCUCAGUCACCACACCCACACUCACAAUCUCCUCAUCCCCAGGGAUCCCAUUCUCAGUCUCCCCAUCCACAAGGUCCUCACUCGCAAGCUCCCCAUCCACAAGGGCCACAUUCGCAAGGUCCACACCAGCAGCCCCCUCACCCGCAGGGACCACACCAACCUCCACAUGGACAAGGUCCUCAUCAACAGCAAGGACCCCACUUGCAACAACCUCCACAUGGGCAAGGCCCCCAUCACCAGCCUCCUCACCAAGGCCCACAUCAAGGGCCCCACCAAGGUGGACCACAUCAAGGUCCACACCAAGGACCACAUCCAGGUGGUCCACAUCAAGGUCCACACCAAGGAGGUCCACAUCAAGGCCCGCAUCAGGGCCCUCAUCAGGGUCCACAUCAAGGUCCCCAUCAAGGACCACAUCAAGGUCCACAUCAAGGCCCACAUCAGGGGCCACAUCAAGGUCCUCACCAACCAAUGCACCAAGGACCCCAUCAAGGCAUGCAUCAGCCAGGAGGACCAAUGGGAGCUGGAGGCCCACAUCAACCACUACCGCACCAGUCACAAAUGCCUGUCCCUCAGUAUUAUCAGCCUCAUCCCUCGCAAGUGGGUGCGAGUGCAAGCAGUAUGGGACAAGGUGGGCCACCUCCUGGAUCUAUGCCUGGCCAACAACAGCCUUCACCACCACAAGGUGGUCCUAUGGGUCCUGGGCCAAUUGGACAUGGUCAAGUUGCUCCAUCGCAUUCCCCCGGUCCUGGAUUACCUCAUCCACAAGAUAUGAGGCAUAGCAUAGGUAAUCAACAACCGCCAGGACCAGGAGGCCCAGGUGGACCAGGUGGACCAAUGGGCCCCGGAGGACCGAUGGGCGGUGGAGGUCCUGGAUCCUUAAGUGCAGGCGGUUCAGUUGGACCAAUGGGUGCUAGCGGGCCUGGAAUACCUAUGGUUCCUGGGGGUACAAUGGGUGCUGGUGGACCGAGUGGCCCAAUGGGAGGACCGGGAGGUCCAAUGGGAGGACCACCCGGUGGACCGAGCGGCCCGAUGGGAGGACCCGGAGGACCGAUGGGUGCUGGAGGGCCGCCACCGCUGAUGGGUGCAGGUCCUGGUCCCGGUUCUGGCGUGCCAAUGAGCGGACCCAUGUCAUCGCCAGGGUCCAUGGGCCCGGGAGUUCCGCCACCGCCUCACGGCCAAGGACACAUUAGUCCAAAUACUCAAAACGGACAGCCCCCGCCCGGUCAGCAAGGCCCAAUGGCUGGCGGUCCUGGCGGUAUGCCUGGGCCACAUCCCGGACCAGGACCAAGUCCUGGCCCACCGCCGGUGCCUGGCCAAGGGCAAGAUAAUCUAAACGCGCUUCAAAAGGCCAUCAAAUCGAUGGAGAGUAGGGGUCAACACGAGGAUCCGCGCUACGUGCAGCUGGUCGCUAUGAUGAAGGCCCGACAGCAGAACAGCAAUGAGACCGGCAGCUCGUUGUUGAGCCCACCGCAGAUGCAGCAGUUUCACGCGCAGAUAAUGGCGUAUCGGUCGUUGUUGCGCAAUCAACCACUUAAUUCUCAACAGAUGAUGGCCGUGGGCGUGCGCCCGGUCGAUCCAAGUCAAGCGGGUCCUAUGGGACCAGGCGGUCCACCGCCUCCACACGGGCCAAUAGGCAUGCCCGGUUUCGGACCGCCUAGAAUGGGAAUGCCUGGUGGCCCGCAGCCAUCGACCUCGCAACAGCAAGGCCAUCCGCAGCAACAGCAGCAGCAGCAGCAACAGCAACAGCAGCAGCAACAGGGACCACCCGGUAAAAACAAAGUGACGACGUUACCCAGGCCACCUGGUAUCGACCCACUGGCGAUACUCGACGAGCGCGAAACCCGCGUCGCUCAGAAGAUUGCCCAACGUGUCGAGCAGCUCAACAACCUGCCACCCAACCUGCCUGAAAAUAUACGAACUCAGGCCCAGAUCGAGCUGAGGAUGUUGCGAAUGCUGAACUUCCAGAGACAGUUACGUGCCGAAAUAGUCGCGAACACGCGCAGGGACACGACGCUCGAAACCGCCUCUAAUCUCAAGUCAUACAAGCGCGUUAAGCGACAGGGAAUCAGGGAAGCCCGCGCUACGGAGAAGCUGGAGAAGCAGCAGAAACUCGAUGCCGAGAGGAAGCGCAAGCAGAAACACCAGGAGUUCCUCACCUCGGUGCUACAGCAUGGCAAGGAUCUCAAGGAGUUCCACAGAAACAAUCAAGCCAAACUGGCACGGCUUAACAAGGCCAUCAUGAACUACCAUGCAAACGCCGAGAGGGAACAGAAGAAGGAACAAGAGAGGAUAGAGAAAGAGCGUAUGCGCCGAUUGAUGGCUGAAGAUGAAGAGGGUUACAGAAAGCUCAUCGAUCAGAAAAAGGACAAACGUCUAGCGUUCUUACUGUCGCAAACUGACGAGUACAUCGGCAAUCUUACCGAAAUGGUCAAGCAGCAUAAGAUGGAACAAAAGAAGAAACAAGCCGAGGAACAAAAGCGCAAAAAGAAAAAGAAGCGGCUGUCAAUGGAUGGCGGUGGCGAAAAUGGCGAAGAUAUCGACAGUGAGGACGAGCAUGUAACCGUUAUCGAGACCGCCACCGGCAGAAAGCUAAUCGGUGAGGACGCUCCCUUGUAUAGUCAGCUGAGCGCUUUUCUGGAAGCGAAUCCCGGCUGGGAGGCCGUCGAGUCGGACAGCGAGGACGAGGACGAGGAAGGCGAGGGCGGCGAAAAUGGCGAGAACAAAGAUAAAAACGCAUCGGAGGACAUUAAGGCCAAGAAAACGAUACAGAAAGCCAAGGUUGAAGAUGACGAGUACAAAACCGAAGAGCAAACCUAUUAUAGCAUCGCUCACACGGUACAUGAGAGCGUCACCGAGCAAGCCAGUAUUAUGGUUAACGGGCAGCUCAAGGAGUACCAGAUCAAGGGCCUCGAAUGGAUGGUCUCGUUAUUUAACAACAGUCUCAACGGCAUCCUCGCCGACGAGAUGGGUCUUGGCAAAACGAUUCAAACGAUAGCACUUGUCACGCACCUCAUGGAGAAGAAGAAGGUUAACGGCCCGUUCCUCAUUAUCGUACCGCUGUCGACGCUGUCUAACUGGAUCCUCGAGUUCGAGAAAUGGGCGCCGAGUGUGGUGGUGGUAUCUUACAAAGGAUCUCCGGCUGGUCGCAGGGCCAUCCAGUCGCAGAUGCGCGCGACCAAGUUUAAUGUACUAUUAACUACUUACGAAUACAUUAUCAAAGACAAAAGUGUGCUGGCGAAGCUGCAGUGGAAAUACAUGAUAAUCGAUGAGGGCCACAGGAUGAAGAAUCACCAUUGUAAAUUGACACAGGUGUUGAACACUCACUAUAUCGCGCCUCAUCGACUGUUGCUCACGGGCACGCCGCUGCAGAAUAAACUACCCGAGUUAUGGGCGCUGCUCAACUUUUUACUUCCAUCUAUCUUUAAGUCUUGUAGCACGUUCGAGCAGUGGUUCAACGCGCCGUUCGCCACGACUGGCGAGAAAGUCGAGUUGAACGAGGAAGAGACUAUUCUUAUCAUUCGACGUUUGCAUAAAGUUCUACGUCCCUUCUUGUUACGGCGUCUGAAGAAAGAAGUAGAGUCUCAGUUGCCAGAUAAAGUAGAGUAUAUUAUUAAGUGUGAUAUGUCUGGCUUGCAGAAAGUUCUUUAUAAGCAUAUGCAGAGUAAAGGUGUUCUACUGACUGAUGGAUCUGAAAAGGGCAAGCGCGGCAAAGGCGGCGCCAAGGCCUUGAUGAACACUAUAGUACAGCUUCGUAAACUUUGUAAUCAUCCGUUUAUGUUCCAACAUAUAGAAGAGAAGUAUUGCGAGUACUUAGGUAUACAAGGUAGUGGUGUUAUCACCGGACCUCUUUUAUACAGAGCUUCUGGCAAAUUUGAACUGUUAGAUCGUAUCUUACCUAAAUUGAAAGCGACUGGUCAUAGGGUAUUGUUGUUUUGUCAGAUGACCCAGCUUAUGACUAUUAUGGAGGAUUAUCUCAACUGGCGUGGAUUUCUGUAUUUAAGAUUAGACGGAACAACAAAAUCCGAAGACCGGGGCGAUCUGUUGAAAAGAUUCAACGAGCCUGGGUCGGAGUAUUUCCUAUUUAUUCUAUCGACGCGAGCCGGCGGUCUUGGUCUGAAUCUUCAGGCUGCGGAUACUGUAAUUAUAUUUGAUUCCGACUGGAAUCCUCACCAAGACUUGCAAGCUCAGGACAGAGCUCAUCGCAUCGGCCAGAAAAACGAAGUGCGAGUGCUACGACUUAUGACCGUCAACUCAGUGGAAGAGAGAAUAUUGGCCGCCGCCAGGUAUAAACUGAACAUGGAUGAGAAAGUUAUACAGGCUGGUAUGUUUGACCAGAAGUCGACGGGCUCCGAACGCCAGCAGUUCCUGCAGAGUAUCCUGCAUCAAGACGACGCCGAUGACGAGGAGGAGAAUGAAGUACCCGACGACGAGAGUGUCAAUCGAAUGAUCGCCAGAUCCGAAGACGAGUUUCAAACUUUCCUUAAACUGGAUUUAGAGCGGAGGAGAGAAGAGGCGAAAAACGGACCCACGAGAAGAAGCCGGCUGCUCGAAGAGUCCGAAUUACCGGAAUGGUUAGUGAAGAACGACGACGAGGUGGAAAAGUGUUGCUACGACGAAGAGGAAGACAAGAUUCUAGGCCGAGGCUCGCGGCAGCGCAAAGAAGUCGACUACACAAACAGUCUGACGGAAAAAGAGCUGAUGCGAGCGAUUGGUGACGACGGAUGUGAGUUUGAGGAAGAAGAGGAGGAUGAUAAAAACAAAAAGAAAACGAGAAAAAAGAGAAAGCGAGGCGACGAGGAUGAGGAACCUGUUGUAAAAAAGAGGAAAGGGGGCGGAAUAAGUCCAAAGCUGAAGAGGUGUAUGAAGAAAAUAAUGUCUACGGUGAUAAAUUACACGGAACCCGACGGCAGGACGUUGAGCGAACCAUUCAUGGAUUUGCCGUCGCGUCGGGAGUUUCCAGACUAUUACGAGAUCAUCAAAAAACCACUGGCUAUCAAUAAAUUGAUACAGAAGAUUGAGGAAGGCAAGUACUCAGAGCUCGACGAGCUAGAGAAGGACUUCAUGCAGCUAUGCAAAAACGCACAAAUCUACAACGAGGAAGCGUCGCUGAUCCACGAGAACUCGAUUGUGCUGCAAACGGUGUUCUCGAACGCGCGAGCGAAAAUUGAAGCCGAGGCGACCGGCUCCGAUGACAAUCGCGACGAGGAUUGCUCAGACGGCGAUUCCAAUUCUAGGAUGAAGUUCAAAGUGAAAGGCAGGAAAAGUGAAGGAGGCGGACGUGGCGGUCGGAGAAAGAGAAUAAGUAAAAAGUGUAUUUCAGACGAUGAUGACGAUGCCGAUGAUCAUUGAGUGUAUAUAAGCUUAGAAAUCUAUAAGGUUUUAAAUUAUAUUUCGAUAAAUUUUCUUAUAAGUAUAAAAAUCAUGAUUUUAAAGACACCGAAAUGUCGAUAAAGAAAUAAAAGAAGCUAAAUCAAUUUUUUAAACUGCUGUAGGAAAUUUAUAGACAUUUUUUUUUAAUUUUAGGGUACACUUAUAUAUAGUAAAUAAAAAUCUAGAAUCGAAUUUUCCUUCUAUCCCCCCUAUUCUAAUUUUGUCUGUAAUCAAGAACUUUCACAGAAAUGGUAAUUGUGUAUAUUAAUUAUAUACAGUAAAUGA